UGGGAAGCCCAAGAUAUACAAGGCACCGUAUAUUAAGGGCACAUAAUAGGUGCUCACCAAAAGCUAUUGGCGCUCUUUUAUCAUAUAAAAAGGGGCGGGGGGAGAGCACAGAAAAGGCGCUUUACAAGAUACCGCACAAGUUUUUGCUACAGUUACGUCACCCUUGGUGGUCAUAAUCCGUCAUUUAUUAUUGUUUCGGGGCUGUGAUGGUCCCUCAGUUACCGUGGCCAUGGAAACGCAGUGCGCAGUCCCGGAUUGGACGGUUCGUGGGCUCCCCCUGGAGGCCGCCUUGCAAGCCUACGGGGGACCACAGGGAGGGCUUUGGAGACAGAAACGAGGGGAGCUGGGAGUUGUAGGCCGCAGGAGGUGGCCGCCGCGGGGCGAUGCACGUCGGGAGUCGUAGUUCUCGGCAGAGGCGGUUGCCGGCCCCAGACUCAGCUUCGGCCUCACCCGGAUGGCGGCUGCGACGCGCAGCUGCCGGCCCUGGGGCUCGCUCCUCAGGCUGAUCUGGCUGGUCUCGGCCGCGGCCGCGUCCUGGGAUCUGACUUCGCUGCGCUGCAACUUCGGCUCAUUCUGCGAAUGUGACUUCCGGCCCGACUUGCAGGGUCUGGAGUGUGACCUGGCCCAGCACCUGGCGGGCCAGCACUUGGCCAGGUCGCUGGUGGUGAAGGCACUGAAGGCUUUCCUGCAGGAUCCAGCCCCCACCAAGCCGCUGGUCCUCUCUCUGCAUGGCUGGACCGGCACUGGCAAGUCCUAUGUCAGCUCCCUGCUGGCGCACUACCUCUUCCGGGAUGGCCUCCGUAGCCCCCACGUGCAUCACUUUUCCCCAGUCAUCCACUUCCCCCACCCCAGCCACAUGGAGCGCUACAAGAAGGAUCUUAAGAGCUGGGUGCAGGGGAACCUCACUCUCUGCAGCCGCUCCCUCUUUCUCUUCGAUGAGAUGGACAAGCUGGCCCCAGGCCUGAUAGAAGUCCUGCGACCUUUCCUGGGCUCCUCCUGGGUUGUCUAUGGGACCAACUAUCGCAAAGCCAUCUUCAUCUUCAUCAGCAACACCGGUGGCGAGCAGAUCAACCAGGUGGUGUUGGAGGCGUGGCGCAGCCGCCGGGAACGUGAAGAGAUCGGCCUGCGGGAGCUGGGGCCAGUCAUCUCCCAGGCUGUGCUGGACAACCCGCACCAUGGCUUCUGGCGCUCGGGCAUCAUGGAAGAGCAUCUCCUGGACGUUCUGGUGCCCUUCCUGCCACUCCAGCGGCACCAUGUGCGGCACUGUGUGCUCAACGAGCUGGCCCAUCUGGGCCUGGAGCCCAGGGAUGAUGUGGUCCAGGCCGUGCUGGACAGCACCACCUUCUUCCCCGAGGACGAGCCGCUCUUUUCCUCCAAUGGCUGCAAGAUGGUGGCUUCCCGAAUUGCCUUCUUCCUCUGACUCUCCCAGGUGGCAUCCCUGUCCUCCUCUACCUGGCCAGGUUGUGAAGGAAAGCCCUGGACCCUGUGCCGGAGGGUCCCUGGUCCUGCAGCGUGGGACCCAGAGCAUUCUGUGAAGAUGAGGAGGGCUGUUGGCUGGGCCGUGAGACAGAAGGCCGGGGCAGGCCCUGGCUCUUCAUUGGUCUGAGGGCAUCUUGGCCUUUGCCUCCUUCCUCAGGGAAAGCACCGGUCACCCCAGAAUUUCAAGGAGCCUUGACCGCAGCCUGAGCCUUCUUAAAAUGUGAAUUGUAACUCAGGGACAGUGGCUCGUGGCUGCUCCCUCCUUCUUCUCUCUGUUCCUCUGGCCCUUGCCCCAGUACCAUACCCACGCCCAGCCCUGUGUCCCCAUAUGGUAAAACCAGGCUGAGACUUCUGUCUCCGUGAACAGAGGGACUCAAGUUCACACUGGAGCUGAGCUUUUCAAGUUUUUAAUUUUGUACAUGAAGAAAACAAAUACAAUAAAUUUAGUCACGGGACCAGA